GCGUGUGUCCCCCUCCAGCAUCCAGACCCGUCGAAACCCCUCCAGGCUGCACAGGCACAAUUUCCCCAGGAUCAUAACCAUCAGCCUCAAAAGCCAACAGAAUCAGCAGCCAUGGAAGUCCUACUAGGUAUCACGGGCAAGGACUUUACCCUCAUCGCCGCCUCCAAAGCCGCCAUGCGAGGCGCCACCAUCCUCAAAGCCUCGGACGACAAGACCAGGGAACUCAACAAGCACACCCUAAUGGCAUUUUCUGGUGAAGCAGGAGACACUGUUCAAUUUGCCGAGUUCAUCCAAGCAAACGUACAGCUAUACUCGAUGCGUAACAACAUGGAGCUGUCACCAGCGGCAACCGCCAACUUCGUCCGGGGAGAGCUAGCAUCAGCACUGAGGUCACGGAAACCCUACACAGUCAAUCUGCUCCUGGGCGGCUAUGACACGAUUGCGGACAAGCCUACAUUAUACUGGAUUGACUACCUUGCGAGUCAAGCAGCGCUUCCUUAUGCGGCACAUGGCUAUGCUCAGUACUACUGUCUCUCUCUGCUCGACAAGCACCACCACCCGGACAUCGACUACGAGCAAGGCUUGAAGAUUAUGCGCAUGUGCACCGAGGAGCUGAAGCGCCGUCUACCCGUUGAUUUCAAGGGUGUGAUGGUCAAGGCCAUAACAAAGGAUGGUAUCAAGGAUGUAGAAUUUGAGGACGAUGUGAAGGUGGUGAUCCCAUAGAGGCUGUAGUAGGCUUAGUGGAGGCUACAACACUUUACAGCAUGUAUAAAGUCGGUAGCCGGCAUGGAAAAGGCACCGGGAAUGAUGACCACGUUCAUGAAUCAAGGCAUUGAAGAAGUGCCAUCAAUUAAUGACAAUGAUACAUUACGAAAUUGGCUGUGUCAAAUGGUGGGUUGUUGUGCUUGUAAUCUGCCCCGUGUUGGGAACGUCUCUGUCCAGCAAUUGUCAGACUUGGCUAGUCUGUGAAGAUGCUUCUCAAUGGAACCAGGCCCCGUGCGGUCACGACGCCUUCACAUCGAACCGCGGAGCAUCAGAUACAACCCCCACGCAGUGGUGUACACGAGUAUGUAUGUAUUCCACGGCCGCAAAGCGCCAUAUCACGUGGGGUGCAGCACCUCAAUGCCAAU